CAAAAUUACGCUCCAGUCUCCCCCCACUUCGCAGAUUCCAUCACUCUUCUCGCUAGUCCACCAGUCCCACCAUCACUCCUCCACCAUGACCGCAAUCACUUUUCGUCCUACCACCGCCUCAGCCGUCGUUCGCUCUUUCCUCACAUCAUCAAAUCUUGGAAAACCCACAAAAGCCCUCUUCCCUUUCUCUAAACUGCCCUUCACUUUCAAACCCCUAAACGCCACCACCACUACGGCUCUUUCCACACUCCGAACCCUUACCCCGCUGAAAUCCACCUCCUCCGCCUCCGAUCUCUCCCCUAUUAACACUACCUCCGCUGACGAUUCCAUCUCCGUCGGCACCUCCUCUCUCAAAUCCUUAAAAUCUCGUCUCCGGAAUGGCGACACUCUCUAUGGCGUCUUCCUCCUUAGUUUCUCCCCUACUCUUGCUGAAAUUGCCGGCCUUUCUGGCUACGAUUUCGUUGUCCUCGACAUGGAGCAUGGUCCUGGUGGCAUUACGGAAGCCCUCAGCUGUCUCCGUGCGCUAGCCGCCACUCAAACUCCAGCGAUCAUCCGAUUACCAGAGAGCUGUCCUACAUGGGCAAAAAAGGCCUUGGAUCUGGGCCCACAAGGGAUCAUGUUUCCGAUGAUCGAUAGUCCCAAAAUGGCAAAGAAAGCGGUGUCGUAUUGCCGGUUUCCCCCCGCCGGCAUCCGUGGAUCAGCGCACCCGGUGGUGAGAGCAUCGAGUUACGGGAUUGACGAAGGGUAUUUAAGUAAUUACGAAGACGAGUUGCUGAUCAUGUGCCAGGUGGAGACCGAAGAAGGCGUGAAGAAAGCUGAUGAGAUCGCAGCCGUUGAUGGGGUUGACUGCAUACAAAUGGGGCCGUUGGAUCUGAGUGCAAGCAUGGGUUACCUUUGGGACCCGGGGCACAAGAAAGUAAGGGAGAUGAUGAGGGUAGCAGAGAAGGCAGUGCUGGGGUCCAACCCUGCGAGCGGAGGUGGGGCCUACUUGGCAGGGUUUUCAUUGCCGCAUGAUGGGCCCACUAAUAUGAAAUCACGUGGAUAUCACAUGGUAUCAGGUGCAGUUGAUGUGGGGUUGUUUAGGAGUGCUGCUGUGGAAGAUGUGAAGAGCUUUAAGAUGAGUUUGGUUGAAGGGUCCGAUGACGACGGGGAGGGCGGUAAAGAAUCUGCUGAUGAGAAGUACUGGAGCGAAUAAUUUCUUUUUUUAUUUUUUUUUUUUUGAAUUUAUUAGCUAAUGAUAUCGAUUUUGCUUCUCUAGAUUUCGCUAGAUGUGAGUGAAUUUGUUUAUCUUUGAACUUCAAUGCAGAGAUUGGAAAACCUCGCUUUCUUGUGUCAAUUAAAGGUUGGUUAAUCAGUCUUUGGUUAAUUAGAAAUUAUUACUAUGGACUUAA